AUGGUGAAUUUUUAUGGCAUAAGUCGAAAAAAUAUUGGAGUAUAUAAAGCAUCACGGCGGGAGAAGUUAUUGAGUUUCAGCCGAUACAGUCUGUACGCGUGGGGUGUACCACUGGUGAUCACUGGGAUCGUCACCUGCUUGGACAACAUUGACAUUAGUAAAUGGAAUUAUAUUAUCAAACCACCGUUCGACGACUGUUUCAAAAAUGAGUAUGGAGUUCAAAGGUACUAUUUCAUACCACUGGGUGUGAUAAUGUUUAUUAACAUAGUCCUGUUCAUAAUAACGAUCUACCAUAUAUUGACAACCACAUACUCAACAAAACGAAAUGCAGAGUUUAGACGAAGUGGCAGGGAAAACAGCUAUAAGACUUACAUGAAACUGUCACUUACUAUGGGCAUCAGUUGGGUCCUCGAGUUGAUUCCAAACUCUAAUAACACAUUCAUCUUCGUCCUGAGUAACUCGUACAACAGCCUAAUCGGAGUCAUCAUAUUCUUCGUGUACAUUUUCGACAAAAACGUUUUGAAUGAACUAUGCAAAAAGUUCAACAUACAAAAUGGUAUUCUGAUUAAAAUAGCGCGCCGUAAAUCCCUGUUCAGACUAGCGAGAUCAAUGAAGGCAAAUCGUGAAGAAUUAGCUUGUAUGCAAGCUCCUACUACUACUUCUACAGCAUUAAGUUCUGUGGCCGAAAAUGAAACGUCUUUAAAUUCAUUUUAA